GAACAUAAAGAGGCGAGUAUAAAAGAGGAAGAAUACCGAAUAAUAGAGAUGCAGCGGGGUUGCUUUGCUACCAUAAUAAAAAAAAAGAGGUUCAACAACAAUACUCAUCCAGAGCUUUAUGCCCAGGAUGCCCAAUUGAUUACUACGCCACCACCAUCAUCACCUUUAUCCUUGCCAUAUCGCGGAUGA